UUGGGAGGAGUGUCCGGGGGGCAGCAACUUAAAAGGGGGAGGGAACCGCGGCUAAGGAGACGUUUGGUGAUGGGAGCGCAAUGUAUGAGGGGAUACGGUGCCUCAGGUUUAAAAGAGCAGGAAGCUGAGUGAGAGGUUGGAAAAAAAGUGCCUUCGCUAGGCGGAGGUUACAGGUGGUGUCUCAGAAAGAGCUCUGAGGCUGUCCGCUUGUAGUCGAGAAGAGGAUCAGAGAACUGUGUAGAAGGGACAGCUUGGGGGCUAGCGUCCUGGGGCGAGGGGGAAGUUCGCGACUUUCUGAGGACCGGCAGGAAUGUGCCUCCUGGCCCUCGGUGCUUCCCCCCUGGGGGGAGGCAUCGUGAGGGACUGUGGCAGGCUCCUCUGAACGCUGAGUGGCGGAGGUCCAACUCCACGUAUGGAUCCAAGGAAUGAGAAUUCAGCCACAGAGGCUGCUGCGAUCAUAGACCUCGAUCCCGACUUCGAACCCCAGAGCCGUCCCCGCUCCUGCACCUGGCCCCUUCCCCGACCAGAGCUCGCUACCGAGGCGUCCGAGCCGCCUGAGCCGCCCGAGGUGGAGCCGGGUCUGGGAGAGAAGGUACACACGGAGGGGCGCUCAGACCCGAUCCUGUUGCCCUCCCAGCUCCCCGAGCCGGCAGGGGGCCCCCAGCCCGGGAUCCUGGGGGCUGUAACAGGUCCUCGGAAGGGAGGCUCCCGCCGGAAUGCCUGGGGAAAUCAGUCAUAUGCAGAACUCAUCAGCCAGGCCAUUGAAAGCGCCCCCGAGAAGCGACUGACACUCGCCCAGAUCUAUGAGUGGAUGGUCCGCACUGUGCCCUACUUCAAGGACAAGGGUGACAGCAACAGCUCAGCAGGAUGGAAGAACUCGAUCCGCCACAACCUGUCCCUGCACAGCAAGUUCAUCAAGGUUCACAACGAGGCUACUGGCAAGAGCUCUUGGUGGAUGCUGAACCCUGAGGGAGGCAAGAGCGGCAAGGCUCCCCGCCGCCGGGCAGCCUCCAUGGAUAGCAGCAGCAAGCUGCUUCGGGGCCGCAGCAAGGCCCCCAAGAAGAAACCAGCUGUGCUGCCAGCCCCGCCUGAAGGUGCCACUCCAACCAGCCCCAUUGGCCACUUCACCAAGUGGUCAGGCAGCCCUUGCUCUCGAAACCCUGAAGAAGCAGAUGUGUGGACCACCUUCCGUCCACGAAGCAGUUCAAAUGCUAGCAGUGUCAGCACAAGGCACUCCCCCAUGAGGCGAGAGUCUGAGGUGCUGGCAGAGGAGGAGAUACCAGCCUCCGUCAGCAGCUAUGCAGGGGGUGUCCCUCCCACCCUAAAUGAAGAUCUGGAGCUGUUAGAUGGGCUCAAUCUCACAUCUUCCCAUUCCCUGCUAUCUCGGAGUAGUCUCUCUGGCUUCUCUUUGCAGCAUCCUGGGGUGACAGGUCCCUUACACACCUACAGCACCUCCCUCUUCAGCCCAGCAGAGGGGCCCCUGUCAGCAGGAGAAGGGUGCUUCUCAAGCUCCCAGUCUCUGGAGGCCCUGCUCACCUCUGAUACGCCACCACCCCCUGCUGAUGUCCUCAUGACCCAGGUAGAUCCCAUUCUGUCCCAGGCUCCGACACUUCUGUUGCUGGGGGGCAUACCUUCCUCCAGUAAGCUAGCCACAGGGGUUGGCCUGUGUCCCAAGCCCCUAGAGGCCCCAGGCCCCAGCAGUCUGGUUCCCACCCUCUCUAUGAUAGCGCCACCUCCAGUCAUGGCAGGUGCUCCCAUCCCCAAGACCCUGGGGACUCCUGUGCUCACACCUGCUAUGGAAGCUGCAAGCCAAGACAGAAUGCCUCAGGAUCUAGAUCUCGAUAUGUACAUGGAGAACCUGGAGUGUGACGUGGAUAACAUCAUCAGUGACCUCAUGGAUGGGGGCGAGGGAUUGGACUUCAACUUUGAGCCAGAUCCCUGAGCCAUGGCUAGAAGCUUUGUCCCCUGCUUCAGAGGUGGAGCCAGGCGUGCCCAUAUCCACUCUUUACCCUUGACCCUUCCCUGGGAAUUUGGGACCCUGCUUUAGAGCUAGGGUGGGGUCUGCUCACACAGGUGUUGAGGAAAUUAGAAAGAUAAAACUGCCCCAUAUGGGAACUAUGGGGGGA